CGUCACUGGAUUACAGAGCUUUACAUUCUUGCAACAUUGCAGAAAUUCAGAAAGAUGUGGAAUACCGACUGCCAUUCACUGUAAACAACUUGACAAUUAAUAUUAACAUCUUGCUUCCACCUCAGUUUCCUCAGGAAAAACCAGUCAUCAGUGUUUUCCCACCUGUGAGACAUCAUUUGGUGGACAAGCAGGGAGUGUAUGUGACCGGCCCAUUAAUAAGUAAUUUUACAAUGCACUCAGAUCUUGGAAAAAUUAUUCAAAGUUUACUGGAUGAGUUUUGGAAGAAUCCUCCAGUUCUGGCUCCUAGCUCAACAUCAUUUCCAUACCUUUUCAACAAACCAGCUGGAAUGCCUCCCUAUGCUCCUCAGGGGUUUCCAUUUCUUCCUCCAUACCCACCUCAAGAAACAAGUAGAACAAUGUCAGCUGUGCCUGUUGCUGAAUCAGUUUCUUCAAGCUACACUACAGACAAGCCCGCUGCUCCCUCUUAUGGCUUGAUUGCUGAUCUGCCCCUACCUGUUCCGACAGCAGAAGCAGUGCUUCAGGUUGGCCAGAAUGGAUUUACUUACAAGAUGCCUGACGUUCCUGAUACAUUUCCAGAACUCUCAGAACUCAGUAUAUCGCAGCUGACCAAUAUGAACGAGCAAGAGGAGGUGUUGCUGGAACAGUUUGUGACUCUACCACAGCUGAAGCAAGUCAUUACUGAUAGAGAUGAGUUAGUGAAAAGCAUUGAAGAGCUGGCAAAAAAAAACUUGUUGUUGGAGCCUAGUCUUGAGGCAAAAAGGCAGACGGUGUUGGAUAAAUAUGAGCAACUCACACAGAUGAAAGCAGCCUUUGAAAAAAAGAUGCAAAGACAGCAUGAACUUAGUGAGAGUUGCAGUCCAAGUGCUCUGCAAGCCAGACUUAAAGUAGCUGCUCAUGAAGCUGAAGAGGAAUCCGACACUAUUGCAGAAGACUUCUUGGAAGGCAAAACAGAAAUAGAUGAUUUUCUUAGUAGUUUCAUGGAAAAGAGAACGCUCUGCCACUGUAGACGAGCCAAAGAGGAAAAACUUCAACAGGCAAUAGCAAUGCACAGCCAAUUUCAUGCUCCGCUAUAGACUUCCUGCAAACUACACCUGCCAAGAGAACGAGUGAAAAACCCAAUAAAGCACACUUUUUAAUAACUAUUAUUUGCAAAUAAGCAUUUCAUCUUAUAUGGUUGUAUUUAUAGAAGAGAUUGUAUACAGAGUUGGGGUGGUUUUUGUAUAAAUUAGAAUGUCUCUUUAUAUUCUCAUUGUACUCAAGAAUCCUUCUAUUGCAAUCUUUGCACUAAUUUCUUGUAUUUAUUGUUGAUAGUUCUUAUUAUAUUUAAGUUCCUGCUGCUAUACUCCAUUCUUCAGAGAUUAAAUAUCUAAAAGUGUAA